UCUGCUGCGAGUUCUUCAUCUCAACAAUUUUGACCUAUGGGGUUUAAAUUUCUUAAGAAAAGUACCCUCUUCUGACAUUGCAGAAUUUUGAAAAUAUAUUUUUUUCCUCUUCUAAGUGCUUCAAAGUGGCAUAUAGCGUUGAUGAGUUAUUGACUUUCUUAAAAUUUGUUGUAUUUUGACGUGUACAUAAAGUUGUACGCAAUUUUUCCAAAUUCUGCUCCGCUCAAGUGGAAGAAGGUAAUUAUAAAUCUCGUAAGUGAAACGUAGUAAUUGUUUUCUCUUUGAUGAUUAUUAUUCCACAGGACACGGGAUUGACUGAAAGUAAAAGUCAGAAAAAUGCUGGGCUCGUUCAUUAGAAAUAACAAAUGACUCAAGUUCACGGACAUUGUGUUCUUCGAAUAAUCACGAUUUCUUUGUGCUGUAAAAAAGUAUUUCCAAGUUUAGUUUGUAUUAAACAUUGAUUGGCUCCGGAGCUUUUGGAAAUUAUCAGAGUCUCGCGUGCGAAUAUGCGCAAUCUCGAGCGAGUGCAGCAAUGCAGUUUGAAAAAGAUGGCUUUGUCGUACUGGAAAAUUUCUUCAAACCCGAAGAAGUUGACGAACUCAAGUCGGCCGGAGAAGAAUUCACUACAAAUUUACCGCCCGAAAAAGACCGCAAAGUCUUCGAUACCGUUAAUCAGCGACAGAGCAAAGAUCAAUAUUUCCUGGAAAGUGCCAAUAAAAUAAGCUACUUUUUCGAAUCAGAGGCAUUGGAAAGCGAUGGGAAGCUGAAAGUUCAUCCAAGAGUCGCUCUCAACAAAGUUGGCCAUGCUCUGCACUGGCACCAUCCUAUUUUCAAGAAGUACACAUUUAGUGAAAAAGUCAAGGAAGUUGCUUUUCAAUUAGGACUAAUUGAACCUGCAGUUUGCCAGUCAAUGUAUAUUUAUAAAAAUUCUGGAAUAGGAUCUGAAGUGGUAAUGCAUCAAGAUGCAAGCUACUUAUAUACAGAACCAGUGAAUCUUGUUGGUUUCUGGAUUGCGCUGGAUGACGCCACAGUCGAGAACGGCUGUUUGCACAUAGCCGCUGGUUCGCACAAGAGUGGGGUACACAGACGUUAUUUGCGUAACAAGGACCCAUUGGCCCAAGAGCUGCUGAUUUACGAUAAACCACCAGCUUAUUAUCAGUUGAGCACCUUUCGACCGAUAGAAGUGCGCAGAGGAUCGUGUGUGCUCAUUCACGGCCAGGUGGUGCAUUAUUCCAAGCCAAACAGAAGCGAGACCUCAAGGCACGCCUACACCUUCCACGUUGUUGAGACUCAGCACGUUAAUUACUCGCGCGACAAUUGGCUUCAACCACCAAAGGCAGGAUUCCCCUUGCUAUAUAUGAACUGAUGUCAAUAAUACAAUAUUUUGUCUCUCUGUUCCUCAAUCUUGUACGUCAUAGAGGCUGUGCAUUUAACAUCAUUUUCUCUCUUUUUCUCUUAAUCAGAAAUUGACAAUAUGUCAACAAUAAAGCUUAUUUAUUAAUAUGAAACACUUA